AUGUGCGACUGGUGGCGUCCAACCAAUAAGCCACGAACAGAUGGCUUUGCCCGCUUGAUACCGUCCAGCUCAUCGGUCGUAGUCUCCAGACUCCAGAGCCUCUUUCAGCACCGCCUCCAUGACGCUGGGCAAACCUUCACUGUAAUUUGGGUGGCUGUUACCAAAGAUUCUGGUCAUUACACUAAGGUUGAACUGCGUGUCCCCGUUGACACUCCCAAAGCUGCCAACGGGCGCUUUAUCGCCUACAAGAUGCGUGACGACAAGGGGUUCUACGAGGCACUUCUGGCAAAUCAUGGAAUCGAGAAGGAUUGUGUUGAGUGGAAGGACUAUGAAGACCACGACAUUUUCAUCUACCCCAGGGGUCCUCGCGCCCGCGACGUUAAUGAGAAGCAGCCUAAUAGGUUUACUACUGGUCCAAUCUGGCCUUGCGAGACUCACGCAGGUUUCGCCAUGCACAAGAACUAA